AUCCAUACGUGAUUGAACCAUGCACCUCGACGGACGAGUCGUUUAAAAGACAAGAACACCAUAUGGACUUUGCUUUGGAGUUUCGUCGCGCCGCUUCAUAGUUUUUAGUCUUUUUUUUUUUUUUUUUUGGGUUUAAUCAUGUUGAAGAAUAAUGGAAAGAAGGCAGCCAUCACUGCUGCCAGCACAGCCUGCGUCUGCCUGCUGCUGCUGCUGGUCGCCGUGCAGCAGCAGCAGCAUCACCGCGCUCAGCUGGACGCGGAGCCGAGCGCGGAGCAGGACGCAGGGACGCGCGCUCUGCUCCGGGAGGAGGACGCGCCGGCGAAGAGCGGCUUCUCCGCCUACUUCACCAAGCUGACCCGGGGCCGCAGGGAGGUGGAGAGGCCGGCGCGCUCCCCCGCGUCCUCCGCCGACCCGCCCCCGGCAGAGGACAUCGGCGCCGGGGACAUCUUCAUCGCCGUGAAGACCACCAAGAAGUUCCACCAGUCCAGGCUGAACCUGCUGCUCGACACGUGGAUCUCCAGAAACAUGCAGCAGACGUACAUCUUCACAGACGGAGAGGACGAGGAGCUGAAAAAGAAAAUCGGGAGUCAUGCAAUCAACACCAACUGCUCUGCAGCUCACAGCCGACAAGCUCUGUCUUGCAAGAUGGCGGUGGAAUACGACAAGUUCAUCGAGUCGGGGAAAAAGUGGUUCUGUCACGUCGACGACGACAACUACGUGAAUGUUCGGACUCUGGUGAAACUCCUGUCCCAGUACCCUCACACCCAGGACAUGUACCUCGGUAAACCCAGCCUGGACCGGCCCAUCGAGGCCACAGAGAGGCUGGGCGACAAUAAGAUGAAACCAGUCAACUUCUGGUUUGCGACCGGAGGAGCAGGCUUCUGUGUGAGCCGGGGCCUGGCGCUGAAGAUGAGCCCGUGGGCCAGCGGCGGACACUUCAUGAACACGGCAGAGAAGAUCCGCCUGCCCGACGACUGCACCAUCGGCUACAUCAUCGAGUCGGUUCUGGGGGUUCCUCUGACCCGCAGCAACCUGUUCCACUCCCACCUGGAGAACCUGCAACAGGUGUCAAGAUCUGAGAUUCACAAGCAGAUCACUCUCAGUUAUGGGAUGUUUGAAAACAAGAGCAACAUCAUCAAUCUGAAAGGGGCUUUUCCUGUGGAGGAGGAUCCAUCAAGGUUCAAGUCUGUGCACUGUCUCCUGUACCCAGACACCCCCUGGUGUCCCCCCCAGGUUGCCUUCUAGGGCGACCGCUCCUUUCUCAUCCUCGUCCCCGUCCUGCCUCGGUAUCUGAAAGGCUCGUGGGGACCAGUGUUUGGUAUCAGACCGCGCCGCUGCUGUAUUUGCAGUCGUCCGCGGUCUUUAAUAGUUUUACUGGGCUGCUGUGCGGCCCGCCUUGGGACUAUAUUCCUUCCCGUUCCGGAGCCCGGACCUCGUCUCCGGCUCUCGGCAGGAAGUAGCUUUCAGCGUUAAGCUUUGCAGGCAAUCAGUUGAGCUUUGUGAUGUAUAUGUUGCUUGUAAAUGUAUCUGCAAUUCUCAUAGAAUGUAUUGUCAUAUAUUCAAGCCUUUUUUGCCAGCUUUUGCAUUAACAUUUAUUUUGUUUUUUUCUCGCUAUUUUAAAGACAGUCUUCGUUCGUAGGCUUUUCUCACAUUAUAACUGCCGAUUUUUUUUUUCCUUGUUUCACUCCGAUGACUCCGGACAAACGCUCUAAUAUGAAGAUGUUGUUGUGCUUUUGAGUUAACAGUGUUAUUUUUCUUCCCGUAAAAGCUGAGCUGGCAGUAGGCAGAUCUCCAAAUGCAUCUGAAGUACAUCAGGACGAAGCACUUUUUGAUAAUUUUCUUAGCGAACUGACCUAAUUUACGUCCUUUAACGACAUGCUUCAGAUUUGUGUCCAAGCUUAACGAAAGAAAAUAUUGAAUAACCCCUCAAAAUCUCAGUAUCUAUUCAAGUUUUAUGUAUUUAAUAAGACUCCUUGCAUUUGUCACAAUCAGGGAAGAAUAACGAGUGGAAGAGAUUUUGAUUGGGGGGGUUGCAAUCAGCUUUGAAAAGUUUAUUUUUGUUCUUUUUAUAUAUAAUUGCACAGCUGGGUUUCAAAAUGAGCUGGUAUUUGCUCCUGGGAAGACGCUCACCUCACGAGGCUCGACAGCGGGCGAAUUUAGCGACUUUUGUCUCGGAUAUAAGCCAGUUGGCAUCUAAAAUAAUAACCACAUGUGUAAUCUGAGCCACAGUCUAUAAUAGUUUGCACAAAAAGACUGAUGUGCCUCCUGUUAUUGUAAAAACCCAUGUUCUUUAUUUACACACAACACACCGGCUGCUAACUGUCGAGGCCUGUGAGGUGAGAACUUAACAAGAGCAACGUCAGUGUUUUCCACACAUGGAGGCGUCUGUUCCCUCUGUGUUCUCUCUCACCCAUAUUGGGUGACGCUGUACAUCUUGAUGACAGUAUUGUGUACUGUGUUUAACUUAGUCCUGACGGUAUAAUGUGUAGAAUGUAAUUUUGUGGUUUACGUACGCUUUUAAUGACCUGGACAUGAUUUUUUUUUUUUUUUGUAUUGUACUGCUUUGAACUGUGUUACAUGACUGUGGUGUUUUAUUAUUCUCCAGUAUCUGGAGGGUCUGAGCAGUUCAUUCCCAAUACUGGCUUCUCAGGGAUUAUGAGCUGAUCCUGGUAUUAACUACCAUGGGACCCAUGGUGGGACCUAGAAACUUUGAAUAAAAGUGCAUAACCACUGAGAAACAUUA